GCGGACGUGGACACGGGACGUGCGCACUCAAGGGUCGGAGUCCGGACUGGUGUAAAGGAAAGGCGAGUGCAACCCUGGCCGAUUUCUGGAGGGGGAAACUGAGGCCGCCCAGGAUCAGGGAAGGCAGAUGUCGCUAGUUCAGUUCAGAAGGUCCUGGGUCAGGGAUGGUUUGACUCCCGGAGGUGGGGACUCACAAAGGCACGAGGCCUAUCCACACGCACAGAGGAGACCCCGGGCCGUAUUCCGCUUCCCAGGAGCGAGACGUCAUUAUGGGGCGGGACGUGGCGAGAUGUGGCCACUCCCAGCGCCAGGAUCUGUGGGGAGGUGUGAUCACGCCCAGUGGCCAGUCUUAAGCCAGAGUCAGCACAGCGUGCGACUAUUUGGGGGCGCGGUCAGGCUCAGGCGCUUAAAGCUAAAGUGUCCAAUCCCAGUGCUUGGAUUCUUAGAGGUCGCGGUCCGUGCCCAAUUUGUAGUCCAAUCCCUGGGCGGGAUGAAGGAUGCGGUAGGUUUGGGGCGUGGCCAGAACCCCAAACUUAACCUGGAGGGGACUUGACCAAUCCGGAGCUGUACGAUUGCCUAAGGGGCGUGAAUGUGGCCAAUGAGAGAAGCCGAGCCUGUUCCAGGGGGCGUGGCCACGCAUCUGGGGCCUGACCAACCCGACGCUUUAGCUUCUAAGCAGGGCGGGGCCUAUCGCGAGGGAAUGACCGAUCUUGUUGCCGGAGCCUGAACGGCGGUGCCACCCAAGGACAUGGCCAACCUGGGGGCGUGGUUUGUUAAGACCUCGGCCAAUCUUGGAGUUAGGCCGGGCUCAGGGGCGGAGUUUCGAGUUGCCGGGGGUGUUCGGGUUUGAGGAGGGAGAGACCCAGCCCUGGGGGCGGAGCCUAGCGGUGAUCGCGGCCAAUCACGCCGACGUCCUGAACGGACCGCUGGAGGCGUGGCCCUCCAGGGGCGUGGCUAGGGCCGGGUUCGGGCCGCCCGUGGGCGUGGCCGGGCCUGGAUCUCGGCCGGGGCCAUGUCCGCGCCGCCGCCCCUGCAGAUCCGCGAGGCGAACGCACACCUGGCUGCUGUGCACCGGCGUGCGGCGGAGCUGGAGGCGCGGCUGGACGCUGCUGAGCGCACGGUGCGCGCCCAGGCCGAGCGCCUGGCCCGCCACGACCAGCAGCUGCGCGCCGCCCUAGACGAGCUGGGCCGCGCGAAGGACCGUGAGAUUGCCGCUCUACAGGAGCAGCUGCUGACCUCCGGGGCUGCUGUCCAGAGUCUGCAGGCUGCUGUGCGCCAGAGGGACGAGCUUAUCGGGCAGCUGCUGCCCCGGGCUGAACUGCUGCAGGAGAUCUGCCGCCGUCGGCCAGCCCUGGCUGGGCUGCUGGCCACCUUGGCUGAGGCCGAGCGCCUGGGGCCCCUGCCGGCCAGUGACCCCGGCCACCCCCUCCCUGUUGGGCCCAGUUCAUCCCUUGCCAACAGUACCAGGGAGGAAGAGGACAGGGACCAUCUCCAGCCUGCAGUGUUUGGGACCACUGUGUGAGUCCCAGAGAGCAGAUUCCAGAAUGGAGAAAGAGGACCCCCGUGGGGACUUUUUCCACUGCUGUGGGUGUCCUUGGGGGUCACCAGUACCCCAGAGAGAACCCCGUAGCAGAGCCAUAAUCCUGUUCAAACGUCAGAACCUGCUAAAGAGUCAUAGGUUUCAAAUGGGUGGCCUGCAGGAGAAAUGCACAUGUUGAACCUGGACGUAAGUUUUUUGUAAAAAAAACCCAAAACCUUGAAUCCAUCAGCUUUGUUGGAGAACUGACAGCACUUACACAAAAAUCUGGAUUUCUGGCUUCAGACUGGGCCGUGCCUGCCUGGAUCUGCGGCCAGGGCACCCUCUUUAGCAAGUGUGAGUUUCAGUUGGCUCCCUCCUCUCUCCUAGGGCCAGAUGUCUGGUCCCUAAAGCAUCUGCAUUUGAGAUUUCUCUUUUUCUGGUGGAGGCGGAUGGCAUCAAGUUCACGUGAUUUGAGUUUCUCUCCUUCUUUCCCCUCUGCCCUGAUUUCUUUUCCUCCUGAAGCAUCCCCCAUCCUAAAGCUUUUUCUUCAUCUCAGUCCAGAAUUGUGAGCCUCAAGCCUCAGGCCACUUUGCAUUGGUGAUACGAAGACAAAUUUUUAAUCCUAGAUUUUUUUCCCCUUAAUUCUAUCCUGCCCUCAACCCAGGGAAAAAUGUGCAUGUGGAAGAUGUGCUGAGACGCUGGCAGCCAGGCUUUGCUGCCCAGGCAAACUCGGGCAUCCCAUAACCUUUCCUUGAUAGCGUCCUGCCUCAGGGCCUUUACACUGGCUGUUCCCUCUGCCUAGAAUGCUCUUCCCCCAGGUGUCACAUGACUAGCUCCUUGUCACUCAGGUCUUUGCUCAAACGUCACCUCCUCCAAGAGGCCUUCCCUGACCCCCUUAUCAGAAGUCAUUCUUCCCCACUCCACACCCAUUGCCUCAUUUUAUUUUCUUUAUGUAACUUCUUAACAUUGGAGUGGAAACUCCAUGAGGGCAGGGUUUUUGUUCUGUCUGUCACCAGUGCCCGGUACACUCUGGGACCCCAGUAGGAAGAGGAUGGGUCUCUCGGCCCUGAAGGGAGCCAGGGACCCCAGCACAUCCGAUGAGGCCCCUUGGCCAGUAGCUUUUGUAGCAGCAGCUGGCUCUUUUUGUAUAUUCCCUAGAGAAUCUAUUUUUUCACUAAUUUCUAUGCUGCCCUUCUUGGCCAGAGACAGUCGGGGGUGCUUUGCUUUUUUAUCAAAACAGGGAACCCCGUGUGCCUUUCUCUGCCCAGCCCAAGUGCCUGGCCUGGUACCAUGGCAGCUGUUUCCCGCCUCCUGACUCAGGGAAUCAUCACACCAGGAACCGCCACAGGGCACAGCCCCUUCCGGCCCAGAAAGCUUAGCGUCCACCCUCAGCCCUCAGGAUGGUGCCGCCUGGCAUCUCACAGUGACCCCUCAGGGUGGUAACAAUGGCCCGGUUUUCUCCUCUGGAUGAAUAAGG